GUGGCUGGGGCCAGAGAUGGAAGGCAUCGAUGCUGAUUGGCUCGGUACAUGGGCUGGCACGCUGAAACUGCUGACUGUGCAUUUUUGGUACGAUGACUGCUUGGGAUCUCCGCAAGUAUUGGAGGUGACGACCCUGGUCCUCAAGACCUGCCUGGCUUUGGAGGCCAUCUGCAUCACCGGCAUCGACUGGCCCAGGGCAAAGGCAGCCAUCCUCCAGGCGCUCCGAAUGCUCCUGCAGCCAACGUCUGCUGGGCUUGGCAGGAUGGGCACCAGGCAGCGCCGGUCAACUUUACAAAGGCUCUCACUCGAGGGCUCUCAGGCAUGGCACGAAGACGAACUUGCGAUGAUCAAGGGCAUGAUCCCACGGGUGGAGGUCACAGUCGUAGCCGACCGGACGCGAUAA